AUCGAUUGCGUCAUUAUAUCACGAUGACGGCCGUUUGCGAUGCUGCGCUAUUCAACUAAAUAGUUCAUAUGAAAAACAACUCGUUUUCAAUUCGGACAGUUCAGACUCGGUUGGAUUUUUAUACUGGAAAGACUUGUUUUUCUUCUUCAGCGGUGACGCAAAUGUUGUGCGCCGGACUGGUUCCCUCACUAGGAGAAUACGCAAAUAUUUGGCCAGGAAUUUGUCAUCCACAUGGGAAUGGGGGACAUGAAGACACCAGAUUUUGACGACCUACUGGCAGCUUUUGACAUUCCAGACAUUGAUGCGAAUGAAGCUAUUCAGUCUGACACCGACGGUAAUCAUAAUGAACCGAGUGAUGUUAGCGGAAAGGAGAGAAGUGGCAGUCCCAGCCUAAGACCAAUUGUUUCUCCAGAAAGCCCUGUUCCUUCAGCUCCUCAUAAUGAUCCCUCCGUGGUCAGUGUGAUAGUCAAGAAUAGUGUACGGCCCGAUCGAUAUGUAGAUGAUGACGACGACAAAAUGGAAGGGAAUUUAUCUGAAGACUUUUCUGGAGCUGAUAGGGCUGUUGAUGGAUCUCCCCAACAGGCUGCCACGGUGCCCUUAGAUCCAUUAAUCUACAAUGGACUCCAGGCCGGCUCAGUUGGGGAUUCUUUGGAACCUUGUCCCGCACCCUCUUUAACCCAGAUGCAGCCCAAUAGACAGCUUUGGUCUGCCAGUGAGUGUAUUGAUGACAAUCAGGAUGGCACGUCUUCAAAAAACUCUGAUAGCACUUUUCCUCCACAUCAGUCUUUAUCCUCACCUCUUCCCCUCCUCUUAUCCCCACAUUUAAUUGGUCCUCACCCCAAACUCGAUGCUAAAGAAGCACAAUGUUCUGCUUUAAAUGGCGCUUUGAGGACUGGAGUCCGACGGCACUUAUCUGACGAUGAAGAAUCUGAACCGGAUCUCGGAAGCCCUCCUCUCAUCAUACAAGAGAGUCCGGAUUCUCAAAUGUGCUCGGCUCCCAAGGUGCCACGCAGAAACCAGUCGCAUCUAAGUGCUUUACAGCCCUGUUCUCCUUCUUCCCCAGCCUUGCCAAUAAGCAACACUCAAAUGGAGGAGUCAGCUCCCUUGGUCCACCAAUCAGCAUCACUACAAAUCAACAUCAGCAAAACCUCAGUGACCUCUGGAAAUGAACCACCUACUGAAGAAAAACACCUGGAGCACAUUAUCGAGGAGAGAGAUUCUCCCGAAAGCCCUGAGCCGGAAAUUCCCUUUUUCUGUCAAGUUAGCUCUGUUUCAGAGAAACCUCAGGUUCAUACACCGUUAGCCUCAAAUCAACAGGGAAUCAUUGAGACUGAACAGAAGAAAGAAGAGGGUGCUCCUGAAGAUCAACUUAUUGACAUGAGCUUGAGUUUACAGGAGCGAGAGAAGAGUGUCCAUCACAGUAACAUGAAGAAAGAUGGGGCUGAAGAUGCAGACAUAAAAGCAAAGUUGGUAGAUGCUGGCUCUUCUAAGCCUCUCAAAGUCAGAAUCAAAACUGUCAAAACCUCUACUGGAAACAUUACACGUUCAGUAUCAAAAGUGGCCUCCAAAGGAGCAGGGUCCUUGGGGGCAUCCAAGGGUUCUGACGGUAGCAAAGUUCCAGCAGGGGUCCGUAAAUCAGUCCAAAGGAUUCAGAAAUCCAGUGCUGCGUCGAUGUUGCCCGUGUCCACCCUCCAAGAUGCCAGCACGGCUAUGUUAUUUGCAGCCAGCAAGGCACAGAAUAAAAUGGCUGCCACUCUCUCUGCCACUGCAGUCAACAUCACCAGAACAUCAACCCUCCCCUCUGUCUCAUCUUUAUCUGCAACCUCCUCAUCCAUGACAGGGAUGAACAUUCGAUCAUUGGGACAAAAAAUAAUGAACGGGAACCCCGGUACAGCUAAACCAGCCUCUAUUGUAAACAGUCCGGGAGCCGUGAUCUCUCGCAGCCAAUCUAGCCUCGUCGAGGCCUUCAACAAAAUCCUAAACAGCAAGAAUCCAUUGCCAAGUUACCAGCCGGAUCUCUCCACCCCUCCUGCAGAGUGGGGUCUGCGAUUGCCCUCCACCGGAUACCGCUGCCUGGAGUGUGGGGAUGCUUUUGCUCUGGAGCGCAGCCUGGCUAGACACUACGAUCGGAGAUCUAUGAGGAUUGAGGUGACAUGUAACCACUGCUCCAAACGAUUGGCUUUCUUUAAUAAGUGCAGUCUGCUGCUUCACGCUCGAGAGCACAAGGAGAAGGGACUGGUUAUGCAGUGUUCACAUCUGGUCAUGAGUCCGGUCAGUAUGGAGCAGAUGAUUGGACAACAGGAUACUGUAGCUAAAGGUUUGCUUUGUCCAUCUCUUUCAGGAUCUUCUCUCCUGCCUGCCAUUAAAGAAAGUACAGUUCAACUUUCACAAUCCACUGAAAACUGCUGUCCAGAGUGUUGGAGUCCCUUCAAAGGGAAGGCAGAAAUAGCAGCACACUUCCAAGAGGUCGAGCCUGGCGGUGCUGACACAUGUUGCAUGCAGUGUUCUCCUCCGAUGCCUCUGUGGAACUCGUGCAGCGCUGCGGCUCACCGUCGCUUACAUCAGCAGCGGUCUCCUCUUGUCUGCCCUGAAUGUGGUGUCACCUGUCAGCUUCAGAAUCUCAACACACACCUGAAUCAAUCCUGCAUGCACUACUCUCGCCGCCUUGGAUACAGAUGUCCCUGUUGUCAUUUGGUGUUUGGAGGAGUAAACAGUCUAAAUGCUGUAAAGACACACAUGCAGACGGCUCAUUGUGAGGUGUUUCAUAAAUGCCCAUCAUGCCCCAUGGCUUUUAAAGCUCCCUCUGGUGCUGAAACUCACUGCAUCAGUCAGCACCCUGAACUCCCUGAGACUGCUCGACAAUCCAAGGAGAUCUACAAAUGUGUGAUGUGUCGGACCGUUUUUACCCAGAAAGCAUUGCUCAGCGUCCACUUUGACACCCACUUAGCCAAGCAGAAAAUGAGCGUCUUCAAGUGUCCAGACUGUAACAAGCUCUUCACACAGAGAGGUCCACUUCUUGAGCACAUCAAGGUCUCUCACAGGGCCUCUAGAACUCAAUAUGAUGCAAAGACGCAGAGGAGUUUGGUAAAGAUGGAGAGCUCUGAUGGAGAGGAGUGGGGAAGAGAGGAAGAGGAGGACAGAGGAGGAGUGCGAAGAGAAGCUGAGGUCUCCAAGGCUCCAGAUGUCCAGGGCUGGAGCUGCACAAAGUGUCAGACGCGCUACACAGCGAAAGAAAACUACAUCACGCAUAUGUCCGAGGAGCAUGGCGAGGAGCUGAAGAAGUUUCCGUGCACUCUUUGUGAACGCUCCUUCUCUUCCUCCUCGAGUUUAAGACGUCACAUUCGAGUCAAACACAAAGGCAUCAAAAGAACUUUUUAUUGCCAAAUGUGCAAAGGUGGGAAGAGGAGUUUCAGUAGUAAGCUGAUUCUUGAGAAACAUAUUCAGGCUGAACACAGAGGACCAGCCAAUCAGAGUCAGGCUGUACAUCAUAUAACUGAUCCAGCGGACAGCUCUUCGGAGCAGGAUGGUGGUCCUAGCACUCUGGGCGAAGCAGAGAGCCGAGUGGCCGAGAGCAGAGUACCUGCAACCGAAGAUCAGGAAGCUGCGGGAUUCCGCUGCAUGCCGUGUGGUUUUGCCACUGAAGACAAGGAGGAGUUUCUACAGCACAUUGCUUGUCACCGUGGUGAAGGAGGAAGCGCCUUUCAGUGUCAGCAGUGCGGGGCGUGUUUCGCAUCCGCCUCCUCCCUCAGCAGGCAUCUCUUCAUCAGCCAUCGGGUACGUAACGUCCCCGCUAAGCACGCCGAGGUGUCUCCCGGCACCGGUUCGGCACCUGGGAAUGUGACCUCUGACCCUGCUGGGUCCCCGGGGUCACCGUCGAGUACAGGGGGCUCACAGGUGGAGGAUGGGGAAGGGAAGCAUACCUGUAAGGUGUGUGGACGAUUCUUUACCAAACCUGCUGAUCUUAACACACACUUCAGAACUCAUGGCAUGGCCUUCAUCACCACAUACAAAUCAGACAAACCAGCAUAGAAAAACGGAUAGAGGGAAUCAGCAAGAGGGUGAAUCUCACUGAAAAAUAUUUUAUAUAAUGAAUUUAUUUCAGUGAUAGGCAUGCUGUCUUUAUUCUUAAUUUACAGCUACAAACAUACAGUUUUUUUACUGUAAUAUGAUGUUAAAGAAAUAAAAAAAAACAAUUUUAAAUGCCAUUCUAGUUAUUUUAAAAUGUUAAAAAUCUAAAUGGUCAUAAUAGCUGGCUUUAUUUUAUUUAUGCAAAAUCUAAUAUCCAAAAUCUACAAAAUGUAAUAUACAAAAAAUGAGUUUUAAUAUUUUGGGCUAAUUUAUUGUGGCCUGGUCAUAACUUUCAUGAGAUUCCCUGAGAAGAACAGUCUGUAACUGUCUGUAACUAUAAAACUGUUCAUGACUAACCUUUAAUGCUCUACAUUCACAGUUGUAAAACUAGAAGACACUGCAUCAGGUCAAAUAUUUGCAAGAAUGUUCUACUUCAGUGAUUGUUUACGUAGUUGAAGUCAAAGUAGAGCCAAGCAAUAGAGACUGAAUGUUUAUCUUUUGGAAUUAGAAUGAAUGUAUUUGAAUGGUCAUAAACGUGUUCACUAGCCCUGCUGUAUUUAUGUGCCUACUGAUUUCAUCGUGCAAGCAAAAAUUGUACAGUCUAUUUUCUUGAAUUCCAAAAUGCAGCUUGUUAUAAAUAUAGGACUGAAAUGACUACCCGUUUAGCACAGCCAAAUGCUCAUGAUUCAGGUGAUUUUCAAUCAUUAUUUUCCUAUGGUAGACGUUUGUAAUUUCUUCUUUUAUUUGUUUUCACCGAAGCAUUAUAAGCAAGAGUCUUGCUAAGGAGCACAGGUGAUUUUAAGAAUAAUAAUUAAAUAAGUGCCUUCAUUUAAUUGGAAUUAAUCUAACUUCUCACAGGCCUGCAGGAAACUACAGUGUGUUUCAUCAUUUGAAUGCAAUCUGUACUGUGUGUGUAGUUGAGGUGAUGCAUGACAAAUGAAAAAAUCUAUACUUUUAUGUUUGUUUUAUUGGUGACUUAUACAUCUUGUCUUCUCAUUUUUACAGAUUAUUCAUAUAAUUUUGUUUUACUCUUGCCAUCUCAGAUUGAUUGUGACAUAAUAAAAACUGUAGUGCCUGAUC